AAAGAAACGUACAAGAGUUACUGCCCGUUCACAAAAAUAAAUAUUUAGUUCCUGAAAGUAAUAUUUUUUCUUCUUUGAAUAAAAAUGGCGUCUGCAAACUGGCAAACACUUGGCAGGGUGUAUUAUGAGAAAAUGGAGAUGUAUGCCCUGGAGUGGGGGGACCAGAUUGACCUGUCCAAGUUUAUUGUGGCUGCUGCACCUUAUGGAGGACCAUUAGCCUUACUUCAAGACAUAAGUAGCAAUCCCAACAUUGGCACAACAGUCAGACCACUGUUGACUGUGUUCACCUCCGCUGGAAAGAUGAUCAGUCAAAUGCGGUGGAAUAGUGGGCGUAUCAAGCAGCUUGGUUGGUCUCACAAUGAGGAGCUAUUGUGUGUACAAGAUGAGGGCACAGUGCUGGUUUAUGACAUCUUCCUCACUUUUAUCAGGCAAUUUGGAAUGGGGCAGGAAGCUAAAGAGACAAAGGUUCUGGAUGUGCGGAUAUUCAACAGCUACAAGGGGACUGGCAUAGCGAUCCUGACCUGCUCAUUCAGGGUGUUUAUUGUCAACAGUAUUGAUGACCUACGUAUCCGCAGACUUGCUGAGGUGCCAGGGCUGGACAGUGCCCCCACAGCCUGGGGAAUCAUCACCAUGGACGGUCAGUCACAGGCCCUGGUAGCCAAGGGUAACGAGCUCUACCUGAUUGACCAUGGUGGUCAGUACCAGAAACAGGAGAUCGAGAUUUCUACACCAUUAGAGGCAAUCAUAGACAUGGCGAUAUCAUUCAACAACAAGUAUAUUGCCCUGUUUACUGAGAGUGGUCUUGUCUGGAUUGGCUCAGCAGAUCUCAAGAAAAAGUACUGUGAGUUCAACACCAAGUCCCCACAAAAACCAACACAGUUUGUGUGGAGUGGUCCUGGUGCAGUGGUGGCGAUGUGGGAGAAGAUGAUGUUGGUCAUCGGCCCUGACAAGGACUAUAUACCUUUCCAUCAUGAUUCCACAGUGAGCUUAGUUGAAGAGGAAGAUGGGAUCAGGAUUAUUGGCCGGGACAGUGUCGAGUUCUUCAGGAAAGUGCCACAGGUGACGGAGCAGAUAUUCAAGAUAGCCUCGAUGGAGCCGGGGGCCAUGUUGUAUGAGGCUUCCAGGGAGUUUGAGAGACAGAGUCAGCGUGCUGAUGAGUAUAUCCGGACUGUGAAAGAUCAGCUAGACGUUGCUGUAUCUCAGUGUAUACAGGCUGCUGGGCACGAGUUUGAACCUUCAAGGCAGAGUGCAUUGCUCAAGGCAGCCACGUUUGGGAAGUGUUUCUUGACAGACUACAAUCCAGAGCCGUUUGUGAACAUGUGUCAGAUGCUACGUGUCCUCAAUCAAGUGAGGAAACCUUCCAUCGGCAUUCCCCUUACAUACACACAACUUGAGCGAUUGACAAUGCCAGUGUUGAUAGAUCGACUUGUAAUGAGGAAGUAUUUCUACCUCGCCAUUCGCAUCUGCCAAUAUCUGAAACUGCCAGAGGCUGAGGGAGCUAGUAGGAUCCUAGCUCAUUGGGCUUGCUAUAAGGUCCAACAGAAGAAUGAAGAUGAUGAGCACUUAGCGCGGGUCAUAGCUGACAAGAUGGGAGACACACCGGGGGUAUCAUACUCUGAGAUUGCCAACAAAGCUUUGGAGGUUGGCAGGCCAGACCUGGCUAUAAGGCUCCUCGAUUAUGAGCCUAAAGCAUCCAGACAAGUACCGCUGCUGUUGAAAAUGAAGAAAGAGCAACUGGCUCUAAACAAGGCCAUAGACAGCGGGGACACAGACCUGACCUACUUUGUGUUGCUUCACCUGAAGGACUCUAUGAUCCAGGGCGAGUUCUUCAUGGCCAUCAGGAACAUUCCGGAGGCUUGCUCACUCUUCCUACAGUACUGCAGACAACAGAAUCCCCAGAUGAUGGAGCAGCUGUACUACCAGGAGGACAACUUCCAGGAGGAGGCCACAUGUAAGGUGGUCAACAGCUUCAAACAAGAAAGGCUAGAUGACAGACUGAGAAUACUUGCGGAAGCCAAGGAAAGCUACACCAAAGCUAGGAAUGAGUUUGCAGCCAAGCAAGUGGAUGAGGAGAUUCGACUGCUGAAGUACCAACGACGCCUUGAGGAAGAGCUACACCGCGAGUACACAGAUCUUUCCCUGCACGAGACCAUUCAUAAAUUGAUCAUUGAUAAUUCUCACAAGAUGGCGGAGACAUUACGUAAGGAGUUCAAGGUCCCGGAGAAAAGGUACUGGUGGCUGCGUAUUGAAGCCCUGGCUGAGGCUGGUGAAUGGAUGGAACUGGAAAAGUUCUCCAAAACAAAGAAACCUGUUCUUAGCAUGGAGGCAUUUGUGGAUGUCUGCAUGAAACAAAACAACAAGCUGGAGGCACGGAAAUACGUGCAGAGAGUCACACCUGACAAGAAAGUUGCCUGCCUAAUCAAAGUUGGGCUAUUGCGGGAGGCUGCCGAUGUGGCCUUUCAGAAUCGUAGUGAAGACGAGUUGAACCGGGUCCUCCGUAAGUGCUCAGUGACGGAUCGUGCGGUAGAGGAUCAAGUCAAGGGUUACCGACAACAGUUGGCCACAGCAGGAAAACGAUAGGACAAGCUUGUGUUUGGUACAUCUAUAAAUGCCUUAGUCAUUAUAUGGUGUGCCAUCUCUACUAAGUAAAGUGUAAUGAGUCAAGAAAGAUGACCAGUGUUACUAGUGCAACUGUUUUGCCAAGAGCCUUGCGGCAAAAACAUUUAAGUAUUUGAUUUAUGGGACCAUAAAUAAAUGAAACUUUUAUAUAUGAUAUUACACAAUGUAUUACAUAACUUGUGCGCAAUAUUUUGAUUGAUUGUAUGUGGAAAUGAGCACAAAUGAAGGGAAUUCAAAGCUUUUUUACUUCAAUAAUUAAUUUGAAUAAUGGUAUAUAUAAGGAUGGGUUACAAGUAGCAAGUCAACUGAAGUGGACAGUGGAUUAAAAUUCAACCUUUUGUUCAAUAAUGAAGAUGAUUUAUUACAGGUAUUUUACAGUUUGAUGUCCUUGUUUGUACAGCACAACAUAAACCUGGGAUUGUAUGUUUCAACUUGUGCUAAAUAACCUAUUUAUUUGAAGUAUCAUGUGCAAUAUUUUGUUGUUUGAAUUGAUAUAAUAAAUGUUAUUAUUUUAAA